GAAAGACUGUUGAAUUUGUCAUUAGCAUUGAAACCGUCAUUAUGGGGAAGUCAUCAAAAGACAAACGCGACAUUUUCUACCGCAAGGCGAAAGAGGAGGGCUGGCGAGCAAGAAGUGCAUACAAGCUCUUGCAAAUAGAUGAAGCUUUUGACAUAUUCAGUGGCGUGGAGCACGCAGUGGACUUGUGUGCUGCGCCCGGCAGCUGGAGCCAGGUGCUGAGCCGCAAGCUGUUCCUGCCGGCGUUGCGAGCGGGCAACCCCAACCCGCCCACCAUCGUGGCGGUGGACUUGCAGCCCAUGGCGCCCAUUGAGGGCGUCGUACAGCUGCAGGGCGACAUCACCAGUGAGGCCACUGCCAAGCAGGUGAUCUCCCACUUCCACGGCCAGCCCGCCGACCUUGUGGUGUGCGACGGCGCCCCCGACGUCACCGGGCUGCACGACCUGGACGAGUACGUGCAGGCUCAACUGCUGCUGGCCGCUCUGUCCAUCGUGUGUGCGGUGCUGCGGCCCGGCGGCACCUUUGUGGCCAAGAUCUUCCGAGGCAAGGACGUGGCUUUGCUCUACUCGCAACUCAAAAUGCUUUUCCCGGAGGUGUAUGUGGCCAAGCCCAAGUCCAGCCGCAACAGCUCCAUUGAGGCCUUUGUGGUGUGCCGCCGCUUCGACCCGCCGCCGGGGCUGGCGGGGCCCGGCUGCGCGCUGCAGGCCCUGCUGGCGGGCGCGGCGGAGGACUACUUCAACACCGCGGCGGCGGAGGAGGAGCAGGCAGCGGCGGCGGCGGGAGGCGGAGCGGGGCAAGGGACAGGCCAGGCCUCCGGUCGCGGCGGCGUGGCGCCGCUGCUGGCUCGCGCGGUUCCGUUCCUGUCGUGCGGCGACCUGAGCGGCGGCGACGCGGAUCGAACCUACGACCUGGACCCCGCGACCUACGUGCGCCUGGAGCCGGUGCAGCCGCCCACCGCGCCCAACUACAAGACAGCCAUUGCGCUGGCCAAGGGGGCCGGCGGCGGGGGGCUGUAGCUGCUGGGUGGGCGGGGGCAGGGAGGCAGCAGCAGUGGCGGCGACGGGGGUGGGGGCGGGAGCUGGCAGGGGCAGUGCUGUGCGUCAGGGUUGACAGUAUUGAUGUUGGAUGACGACUGGGUCGUGUGUACAGGGCCGGGCAUGACAUGAUGCGUGUGCGCAUGUGGGGGUGAAAUGGCACGAGGUGCGGUAGAGGGGGUAGCCGACACGCCAGCAUCCAUGCCGCGCCACUCGCAUACACACCUCAACCCCCACCUGCCGCCGCACCGUUGCUGCCCCGUUUGUUGUGCGGGGCGGGAGGCGGUGCGCGGACAGGGAGGGGCAGGGGCAGGAGGUGGUCGUGGGAGGUAGUGCUGACGUGCUUAUAAUGGGUGUGCCACACAGCGCGCUGUGUGUGGAGGGAGCGGAUGCCUGACCCUACCUGGCACCUUGACUGCGCGGAAGAUAUGCAGGCGGUGCAAAGCGAGGCGCGCGUGGGGAAUUGGGGCAUGUUGCCGAAUGUGGGAACAUGGCCUAAACCCAUGAGGCGAAGCUUUGUGGCACGCGAUGUGGAUGAGCUGUUUGUGCGAGGGUGUGUGCAAGUGCGCACGUGCCCGGCCGGGGGGGGGGGGUAGCAGUGGAAGGCAGCCCGUGGCGUGGGGGCAGCCGGGGUCGAUGGACGGGUGCGAUGGACGGGUGCGAUGAAAAGGGACCGGUGGACGGCAGGGAUGGAACCGACACACAGAUGGGUCGCAAAGCUUGACGGUCGCUUUCAACAGUUGAACGCUCAUCAAAUGAUGUAAAAAUUGGUGCGA